CCCAAUUGUUUUUUAGUACUUUCCCUUUCUGGGCUUUUCAAUUUUGUUUCAAAAAUGUGUUUUUUUCUUGUGGGGUUUGAAUCUUGAACCUAAAUUUUGUUUCUUUAUGGUUUCUGAAUUUCUCUGAUAUAUAUAGCAAGUAAAAGUUAUAGUAUGACUAUGACCCUUUAUUUUUGCUUUAAUGUUCAUAUCAUAUAGUUUGUUGUCAUUUUCACUCACUUUUUGAUUGUUUUGUUUGAUCUAUUUUGGUGGAUAUAGCAGGUUUGUAUUUGGUGAUUGAUGGUGAUUUGAUUUGGUUCAACUCAACCACUCAUUGUAUGAUCUUCAUCAGAUUAUUGGCGCCGUCAGUGAGAAAUCGUUUUCGAUAUUUUUGAAGGUUUAUAUAAGCUUUUAGGGUUUAGUUUAGUGUGAAAUUUGAAGUUAAAUGAAAGACAUGAGUUGGAUGGUUGUUGCAUCCCCUAAUGGUUCUUCGAAUUCGAAACCACUUUAUUCAAUUGUUGUUUCAAUUGGAGUAUCAUUAGUAUUCAUAACUUUUGCUUCAUGGUUUUUUCUGUCAUACCCUAUUAGUUCAUCUGUUCAUGGUCAUUUCUAUGGUGUAGAGAGUUCGCAAACUCGAAUGAAUACAACUUCUGUUGAUGUCCGCAUGAAUGCAAGUUUAGGUUUAGGAGAGAAUAAAACACUCUUUGAUUUGCAACCUUCCAUAGUUUCCAAUGUUGUGUCAAGUGGUAAUAGCAAGAUAGGGAAAAUUGAUAAUAAUUCAAAUUCGCAAGUACUCUUUAGUGAAUCUACUUCGCCGAAAAUUGUUCCUGUAACUAAGGAGGUGAAUGGCUUAGAAACUUUUGGUUUGGCCUCAAAAGCACGAAUUCCUGUGGUUGGUAGCAAUUCCUCAGUUGUGGAAGGUUGUGAUCUUUACCAUGGAAAUUGGAUAUAUGAUCCAUCGGGACCGUUAUACACAAACAAGUCGUGUCCUGUACUGACACAGACGCAGAAUUGCCAGGGUAAUGGUAGGCCUGAUAAGGAUUAUGAGAACUGGCGAUGGAAGCCUUUUGAAUGCGACAUCCCGCGAUUUGAUCCAAAGAAGUUUUUGGAGCUAAUUAGAGGCAAGACAUUGGCUUUUAUUGGAGAUUCGGUGGCUCGAAACCAGAUGGAGUCAAUGAUGUGCAUUCUUUGGCAGGUGGAGGAACCAAAGAAUCAGGGUACUCGCAACAUGCAGCGAUAUUAUUUUGAGUCUACAUCUGUAACGAUUGUUCGUAUAUGGUCAUCGUGGCUUGUCAAACACAAUUCAGAACCAUUUGACUUUGCUCCAGCUGGUGUGGAGAAACUCUAUCUGGAAUCCCCUGAUGAGAUGUUAAUGGAAUUUCUCCCAACAUUUGAUGUGGUUGUUCUUUCUUCUGGCCAUUGGUUUACUAAACAAUCCGUAUUCAUUUCAAACAAUGAGAUAGUCGGAGGACAAUUAUGGUGGCCGGACAAGUCUCGGCAUAUGAAGAUCAACAGCAUUGAAGCAUUCGGUAUAUCCGUUGAAACAAUUCUUACCGCUCUUGUUACACAUCCCAAUUACACCGGGCUUACAAUAUUACGCUCCUAUUCGCCUGAUCAUUAUGAGGGUGGAGGAUGGAACACCGGUGGAUCAUGCACCGGGAAAGUUAAGCCUCUUGUGCCCGGUGAAUUGGUGGAAAAUAAGUAUAAUGCUGCGAUGUACAAGCAACAGGUUACAGGUUUUAACCGCGUGGUAAAAAAGGCGACAAAUGGAUCGAGGAUGAUAUUGAUGGAUAUUACUGAAGCCUUUCAAUAUCGGCACGAUGGUCAUCCUGGUCCGUAUAGGAGCACUGAUCCUAAUAAGAUUACGAAACGAGGACGAGAUGGAAGACCACCACCGCAAGAUUGUUUGCAUUGGUGCAUGCCAGGACCUGUAGAUACUUGGAAUGAGAUUGUGUUUGAAAUUAUUAAGAAAGAAUAUGAAAGUGAUAGCACAUCUUGAGAUUAUUUUUUUCCGUCGGCAACCAAACUGCAUUCAUCUUCUAAGCUCAAGAUAGUGGCUUGUGCAGUUACAUGCUUAUCUGAAGAAGGAUACAAAAAUGAAGAUGGAAAGAUCAAUUGGUGGUUGGUAUGCAAGAAUCUUCGUACUCAUAUGUAAGAUGCCUUUGGAUUUUGAAGCUUGUGUUUUGAAAUUGGAAUGCCAACAUUCUUGUUUUCUCUUAUGUAUGUUUUGUGAACUUUAAAAUAUUUUGGUGUCGAAGAGAUUGUUAUUACCGGCGUAUGUAAGAAUGGUGCAUUGUGAUGAUGUUUUUCUGUCCAGAAUGCAAGAUUUCAACUCUUUAGAUAUUUGAAUUCUAUAUAGUAUGCAUAAGUUGGACUUUCA